UGUACAAAUAAAUAGAAUGAUUUCUGAUACGUCAAUAAUUAAUUCAAAUAAAUGGACAAUUGGGGACACUGUGAAGAUUAUUGAGAACAAAAAUAAUAAUGAUUAUUGGCAUAUUAGAGAAUUUGUUUUGGAGGAUUUACAGGAUGUUUGUGCUCUUUGUCGGGAAGCAUUUCCUCUAGAAUAUCCAAACGAGUGGUAUAUGGAUGUUGUAAAUGGUUGCUAUAUAAGCUUUGGUUUAUAUCAUAAUAAUAUUUUAACUUCCCUUUUGGUUGCUGAAAAUACAACAAUUAGAGAUUGCGAUUUGGAGGAUAAAUCACUGCAUAGUGACCCAACAGUAAAUGUAAUUUAUAUUUUGAGUUUGGCAGUUACACAAAAUUAUAAAAGGAGGGGAUUAGCAACUAUUUUACUCAAACAUUUGAUGAACAUUAUAAAUUCAAGUAAAAAAAUUUUUUUUAUUAAAUUUGUAAUAUUAAGAGUUGAUUGA